AUCCCACCACUUUUGUACCGGAACACCAGCAACCUACAGAUUCGACCAUGGAUCUUGUGCUGGACGUUGCCGACUAUUACGUCCUGUCCCCGUAUGUGUACCCUGCAUCGUGGCCUGAGGGCGGGGCCCUGCGGCAGAUUAUCAGCCUGUUGGUGCUGACCAACCUCGGGGCUGCAGUCCUCUACCUGGGCCUGGGAGUCAUCAACUACUUCCUCGUCUUUGACCACAGUCUAAUGAAACAUCCACAAUUCCUAGAGAAUCAGGUUCAGAGGGAGAUCAAAUAUGCGAUGACUUCUCUUCCCUUGAUCAGCAUCCCCACAGUGGCCUUGUUUUUCGCUGAAGUCAGAGGAUACAGCAAACUGUACGACACUGUCGAUGAAUCUCCGCUGGGUUGGCCGGGGCUCUUCCUGAGUAUGAUCUCCUUCCUGCUUUUCACUGACAUGUGUAUCUACUGGAUUCAUCGCUUCCUACAUCAUAAGAGUAUUUACAAGCUGUUUCACAAACCACACCACUUGUGGAAGAUCCCCUCUCCCUUCGCGAGCCACGCCUUUCAUCCAGUAGACGGCUUCAUGCAGGGACUCCCAUACCACAUCUACCCCUUCCUCUUCCCCCUCCACAAGGUGCUCUACUUGGCCCUGUACGUUUUCGUCAACAUCUGGACCAUCUCUAUCCACGACGGUGACUACCGCGUCCCCAACGUUCUGACGAGCGCCAUUAACGGCUCGGCUCACCACACUGACCACCACCUCUUCUUCGACUACAACUACGGCCAGUACUUCACUCUGUGGGACCGCCUGGGAGGCUCCUACAGGCACCCGUCGGCUCUGAUGGGGAAGGGUCCCCAUGAUCUGAUCCGGAAACUCCAAGCGGACGGAAAGUUAGGAGACUGCAGAGUGAAGGCUAUAGGGCAAGUGAAUGGAGACGCUCAGAGAAGAGUCACAUUUAAAGAGGAGUAACAGAAGGGGAGGUUCCAUUUAAAUGCUGAAAGUGAUCAAUAUUUUUAUAAAGACAAUGUGCUACACCCAUACUCAGCUGGGAAACAAAUCGCAGCAUCAUUUCAGUUCUUGUAUUUGCCAAAUAUGCUGUUGUGAGAUUUUAAACACUAGUGGAUACAUGUGAGAUGUUUCCCCCCUGGGUUCUUAUCAUUAGAGGCAGGCUUUGAUAUCAACACAGAAUAAAAUGUUGGCAUUUUACAUUUCUGAACCAAAAUCUGUUUCAUAUCAACAUUUCUACAUUAGUGCAUAUUAGAGAUGCACCAAUACCGAUAUCUGAUAUCGGUCCGAUACUGAAUCAAAGAGCUGGAUCGAGCAUCGGUGACAGAAGGCUGAUGUGGUAUAAGAUACCAUUAUUUUAAUAAAUAACAAUUCUGUACAUGAA